AUGGCUCCCAGCUCUAUAAUCAUCUUUAUUUUCUUGGUCUUAUCUGUACUCUUUGCAAUUGGAAGUGCUGGAAUGGUCAACAUUAACCCAGCUGAAAACACUUUAGAGAUUUCUGUUGUUGAACCUGUAACACUUGGAAAAAAUGUUUCACUGACGUGCAAUUGCAAUGGUGACUGCAAAGGGUUGAAGAGAUGGAAAGGUGGUCAAGAUAAUGCAGAUCUGACAACUAAUGGUCAUGUGUUAGCGGAGGGAAUAGAAGUGAUGGAAAACAGUGACUAUAGAUAUUCGAUUAAAAUAGUGAAUGCAACUGGGAAAUACAUAUAUUUUAAUAUGACCUGCUUUUUUGGUUCACUUUCGAAAGAAAUCAAAUUGGUUGUACAAACCGUAUUAACUUCAACUUCAGUAGUAUCUUCAACUUCAGUAGUGUCAACGGUUACUUCUACACCGAAGAAAAGUAAUUAUGGUGCAUUUGAUAAAUUGUUCAUACAUGUAUAUACAUACAGUUUAUUUCAACACACUGAUAUAGCUACAAAGGGAACUGAAGAGAAUGGCACUACUGACCAACCUACUACACCAUUAGUUGAAAGUCCACCACCUGCACUUAAGGAUAUCAUGGAAGCAUUUGCUAAAACAGGAACCAAACCAAAGGCUGAUACGCCUGAGGACCUAACGAAGUGGAUGAUAGACUACCUGAAAUCUACUGGAGCCAUCAAGUUAGAACAUGUCAAUCCAGACAUUGUAUUACCACCUCCACCUAAGCCACCACCAAGGGAGAAAUCUAGCAAAGAGUCAUGA